AACCCGUACCCAGCUGUGUUCCUGUGUCCACGAAGCAUAUAAAAGUGACGAUCGGCUGCACUUCGCGCACAAUCACAACCGCGCCGUAGUGCACGACACGCGCGCAUAGAAUCCAGGCCGAUCGAUCAACCCACGCGCAUCUACCGCCACCAUUUAGUUACGCCGCCAACUUGCGCUGCCCUUGGGGAGCACUCUGCCGCCAUGGAGGUUCACGUCAACAGCGAGGACGUCGUCUACGACGAUGAUCAUAUCACCGCCAAAUAUAUCUAUCGCACUACAACGGUCACCAAGACGUUGAACAACGAGGACCAACCGCAGAUUACUGUAACACCGGAAAAUGUCGAAUUAUCGAUUCGAACCGAGCGUAAAGUACCAAAAUUGGGUAUUAUGUUGGUUGGAUGGGGCGGGAACAAUGGUAGCACCUUAACGGCUGCUCUUUUGGCUAACCGCAAUCAAUUGCAAUGGGAUACAAAGAAGGGUACUCAAACGGCAAACUGGUACGGUUCCAUAACCCAAUCAUCGACGAUCCGCCUUGGGUCAGAUGAGGACGGUAAAGAUGUCUACAUACCGUUAAAAUCAAUGCUACCAAUGGUGGAUCCCAAUGACAUUGCCAUCGAUGGCUGGGACAUUUCCAAUACAAACCUCUACGCGUCCUGUAAACGCGCUGCUGUCUUAGAACCACAUUUACUGAACCAACUUCAAUCUGACUUGGAGCAGCUUCAGCCACGAUCGUCAAUCUACGACGCGGAUUUCAUUGCUUUGAAUCAAGCCGACAGAGCGAACAAUCUCAUCAUGGGCGAUAAACUGGAGCAGGUACAAACAAUCUGUAACGAUAUCGAGGAUUUCCGGUCGAAAUCCGGAGUGGAUCGUGUGAUUGUCCUCUGGACUGCUAAUACGGAACGUUUCUGCGAAGUCAUCGACGGGAUUCAUGACACUGCCGAACAUCUGGCGGAAGCAAUCGCUUCAAAUCACGAGGAAAUUUCUCCAUCGGCCCUGUUUGCGUACGCGUCUAUUUUAUCCGGUUGUGCGUACAUCAAUGGAUCACCACAGAACACAUUCCUACCCGGUAUUAUUGAUUUGGCCGAACGCCGUGGCGUAUUUAUAGCUGGCGAUGAUUUUAAAUCAGGCCAGACGAAAUUGAAGAGUGUUCUGGUUGAUUUCCUCGUCGGAGCAGGUCUUAAACCUGUCAGUAUUGUCAGUUACAAUCACCUGGGGAACAACGACGGCAAGAACCUAUCUUCACCGCGACAAUUUCGAUCCAAGGAGAUAACCAAAUCAAAUAUUGUUGACGAUAUGAUCGAAUCCAAUUCGAUACUCUAUGGUCGGGAGAAACCCGAUCAUUGUGUGGUAAUCAAAUAUGUACCCUAUGUUGGUGAUUCCAAGCGUGCCUUGGAUGAAUACACCUCGGAGAUCAUGCUUGGUGGACUCAACACCAUCGUGGUUCACAAUACUUGUGAAGAUUCCCUUCUCGCCGCUCCUAUUAUACUUGACCUUCUGAUAUUGACCGAAUUCUGCAUGCGUGUGCAGUUCAAACGUGUUGACGACGCCGACUAUUCAACUUUCUAUCCGAUUCUGUCAAUUCUGAGUUAUUUGUGCAAGGCACCUUUGGUCCCUAAGGAUACUCCGGUUGUGAAUUCGUUAUUCAAGCAGCGCAUGUGUAUUGAGAAUGUCCUGCGUGCCUGCCUUGGUUUACCGCCGGAUAGUAACAUGCUCCUGGAGUGUAAAGCUCUCACCCUGAUGAAGACUACCUAGAUUAAUCAAAACCAACCCCAAGGCCAAAAUAAUUGGAUAUAUUUUAUGUGUAGAGCGAGUGGAUUGUUGAAAAGAUAGAGAAGAAAUAAAUAUUUUGCUGGUCCUUUAA